AACCAGGACCAGAACCAGAACCGUCCUGCAGGAUGCUGAAGCAAAUGGAGCAACCGUCCAACUCUUCGUCCAACUCCUUCACCCAUCCUCUGUUUCUGUACUGCUUUGCCCCUGAGAUAAUAUCAGUAAUAAUCAGCCUCCUGGUUGUUUACGUGCUCCUGUUGCCUCUCUUCCUCUACGUCGUUGCCACCGGUUACCAGCGAUGGAGGAAAGACGGUUUCAUGGCUCCUUUCACCACGUGGAGCCACAUCGACAUCCUCACCUACAACGUGGUUUUCCUCGACCUGUUUAAUAUGUUGGGAAACUUGUUUUACCUCUUUGGCACCAUCACUGAAAAUGGAGGUGUCCAGAAGGCAGGAAGUGGCAUGUUUGGGAUUUUCUUCUCAGGUCAGACUCUGUUCCACCUGCUCACCUGUAUGGAGCGCUACCUGGCCGUGGUCCAUCCCGUCUUCUACCUGCGUCUUAAAGGCUCAGCAGGCGUCAGGGUCAGAAACAUCACGGUUGGAUGUGUUUGGCUGGUUUCCAUUCUGAUAAUGGUUCUGAUUGUAAAGACAAUGAUUCCCUUUGCCCUCAUCAAUGUUUUGCUUCUGUCCUUCACGUCUGUAGCUUUUGUUUUCUGCAGCCUCUCGGUUCUCUGCGCUCUGAUUGGACCAGGGCCUGGCGGGACCAGAGACCGGGUCGACCAAUCAAAGAAGCGAGCUCUGAACACCUUCAUGAUCAUCACAGGAACUCUGCUCCUCAGGUUCAUGGCCAACAUGAUUACCACCAUUAUACAAAAUGUAGCACCGGAUUCUGAAUAUGUUUACUGUUUAACUGGAUGGAGCUCAGUCUGGUUCUUGGUGCCCAGCAGUCUGGUCUUACCGCUGCUCUUCCUGCAGAGGGCAGGAAAACUGGACGUCUGUGGGGCAAAAGUCUAGUAAUUGUAGUUUAACAACAUUGGCUCAAACUUUAUGUCAGUUGUUUUCAAUCAAAUGUUAAAUUUUUACCUACUUGACUUUGAUCCCUUUCUGUUGAGAUCAACUAAUUUCUGACGUUUACUGGUUUAUUGUAACUAAGUUAGACCCAUUAUAACCACUUUUAACUUUAUCAAUGCAGCAUUAAUCAAUAAAGGUGAUAUAAUUUAAAAGGAUAAUAAUAGAAGGGCUUAAUAAAAUGUUGUAUAGAUUACAGAUUGUGCAUUCAUAGAUUAAAGAUGCUUUGUGAACUGACGACAUAUUGUUCUACAUUUUUAAUGGUAAAAUUGUG